CAGAAGGUUCCGCGCCGGUUUCUUUGCUCGCCGCGAAGAUGAUGGGCCCGCGCCCCGUCCUCGUGCUCAGUCAGAACACAAAACGUGAGACUGGAAGGAAAGUCCAGACUGGAAACAUUAAUGCUGCUAAGACUAUAGCUGAUAUCAUCAGAACGUGCUUGGGACCAAGAGCCAUGAUGAAAAUGCUGUUGGACCCCAUGGGUGGGAUCGUCAUGACCAACGAUGGCAAUGCUAUCCUCAGAGAAAUUCAGGUCCAACAUCCAGCUGCCAAGUCCAUGAUUGAAAUCAGCCGCACUCAGGAUGAAGAAGUAGGUGAUGGGACCACCUCUGUCAUUAUUCUUGCUGGAGAGAUGCUAGCAGUUGCAGAGCACUUCUUGGAGCAGCAGAUGCACCCGACGGUAAUCAUUGGGGCGUACCGUAAAGCACUGGAUGACAUGAUCAGUGCACUGAAGAAAAUAAGCACUCCAGUCGAUGUCAACAGCCGUGAAGCCAUGCUCAAAAUAAUCAACAGCGCCAUCAACACCAAGGCGAUCAGUCGCUGGUCAGACCUGGCCUGCAGCAUUGCCCUGGAUGCCGUCAAGACCGUGGAGUUUGAGGAGAACGGCAGGAAGGAAAUUGACAUCAAGAAGUAUGCCAAAGUAGAAAAGAUUCCAGGCGGCAUUAUCGAGGAAUCAUGUGUCCUGCGUGGGGUCAUGCUCAAUAAAGAUAUCACUCACCCUCGAAUGCGUCGCACCAUCAAGAACCCUCGCAUUGUCUUGUUGGACUGCUCUUUGGAGUACAAGAAAGGAGAAAGUCAGACUGAAAUUGAAAUCACCCGCGAGGAGGACUUUGCCCGCAUCCUGCAGAUGGAGGAGGAGUUUGUUCAGCAGGUUUGUGAGCACCUGAUUAAAGUCAAGCCAGAUAUCAUCAUCACAGAAAAGGGAAUCUCAGACUUGGCCCAGCACUUUCUGAUGAGAGCCAACAUCACCGCCAUCCGCCGAGUGAGGAAAACAGACAACAACCGGAUUGCAAGGGCCUGCGGGGCUCGUAUUGUCAGCCGUCCAGAAGAGUUGCGUGAAGAGGAUGUGGGGACCGGGGCAGGGCUUUUUGAAGUGAAGAAAAUUGGGGAUGAGUACUUCACCUUCAUUGUGGACUGCAAGGAGCCCAAGGCCUGCACCAUUAUGCUCCGGGGUGCCAGCAAAGAGAUUCUAGCCGAGGUGGAGCGCAAUCUUCACGAUGCCAUGCAGGUUUGCCGCAAUGUCAUGAUAGAUGCCCAGCUGGUGCCAGGAGGUGGUGCUUCCGAGAUGGCCGUCGCUCAUUACUUGACAGAGAAGUCAAAGGUCAUGACUGGGGUGGAACAGUGGCCCUACCGCGCUGCCGCCCAAGCCCUAGAAGUCAUUCCCAGGACACUUAUUCAGAACUGUGGCGCUAGCACCAUCCGCGUACUCACCUCGCUACGGGCAAAACACACCCAGGAAGGCAGUCAGACCUGGGGGGUAAAUGGGGAGACUGGAGCCUUGGUGGACAUGAAGGAGCUGGGUAUAUGGGAACCUUUGUCAGUCAAACUGCAGACAUACAAGACAGCUGUGGAGACCGCUGUCCUCCUCCUGCGUAUCGAUGACAUUGUUUCGGGGCACAAGAAGAAAGGAGAUGAUCAAAAUAAGCCGUCAGCAGCUCCAGAUGCAGCCCAAGACUAACUCUGGGGUUAGGAAGCCUCUAAGGGAAAGCCACGCACCUCGGAUUGCAGGAUACGGAAGCAACCUGAACCACAUUCCGACUGCUGCUUUCCUUCUCCACUCUCAGUUCAGGUGCAGUCAGAGUCCAAGUUUGUUCAAAGUUGGCCAGGGAAAGGCGGGAACCGUGACAAUAUGUUGGCUCCCCCCGUUCUGUUAAGGAGACACUGGCGCUUUAUUUAAGUAUAUACUGUAGCUUCUCUGUGGCUUUGAUAAUAAAAACGUCACGUCA